GCAUUGGACAGACAGAGAGUGAAAGAGAGGGCGAGGGAGAGGGAGAGAAGGAGAGAGAAGGGGGGAGCAGAGAAGAGAGAAGAGAGAGGGAGGGAGAGCGAGAACAGGAGGAGAGAACAGAGAGAAAGAAGAGAGGAGAAAGGGAGAAAGGAGAGAGAAAGAGAAAGAAGUGCCGCUGCAGAUAAUUGAUUACACCCCGAUCAAGGCUAACUUGUUAGCAAUAGUCAAUUGCCCCGUCUCUCCGCCUCCCUCGCAGUCCGGGAUCCGCGCCCUCGCCUCGGCUCUUCCAACUGCGGCCGCCAGGACCCGGGGCCAGGAGCCACUGCCGAGCCACCUGACACCUUUAAAUAGCACCGGGGUUGGCGAAACUGGAGCCCCGCGCAGCGCGCCCCGGCUCCGGCCCCGGAUUGCUGGAAGCCCCAGCAGCAGCGGCGCCCGUGUCAGCGCCCUCUUCCCGGGGCCCCGCGCCGUUCUCCCCUCCUCAGCCGCCGCGCUAAUCGGCCCCGCGCCCGGCCCGCGCCCUGCCCAGUGCGGCCUCCUUUCCACCCGCCGCUGCCUGCCCGCGCCGUCCGGCGCCCGAGCUGCCCGCGGGCUGGGUCCCCGCGGCCCGAGCCGCCCCAGCCGGGCCCCCGAACGAGGCCGAGAUGACUUCCAAGGAGGACGGCAAGGCGGCGCCGGGGGAGGAUCGGCGGCGCAGUCCGCUGGACCACCUGCCUCCGCCUGCCAACUCCAACAAGCCACUGACGCCGUUCAGCAUCGAGGACAUCCUCAACAAGCCGUCUGUGCGGAGAAGUUACUCGCUGUGCGGGGCGGCGCACCUGCUGGCCGCCGCGGACAAGCACGCGCCGGGCGGCUUGCCCCUGGCGGGCCGCGCGCUGCUCUCGCAGACCUCGCCACUGUGCGCGCUGGAGGAGCUCGCCAGCAAGACGUUUAAGGGGCUGGAGGUCAGCGUUCUGCAGGCAGCCGAAGGCCGCGACGGGAUGACCAUCUUUGGGCAGCGGCAGACCCCUAAGAAGCGGCGAAAGUCGCGCACGGCCUUCACCAACCACCAGAUCUAUGAAUUGGAAAAGCGCUUUCUAUACCAGAAGUACCUGUCCCCCGCCGAUCGCGACCAAAUCGCGCAGCAGCUGGGCCUCACCAACGCGCAAGUCAUCACCUGGUUCCAGAAUCGGCGCGCUAAGCUCAAGCGGGACCUGGAGGAGAUGAAGGCCGACGUAGAGUCCGCCAAGAAACUGGGCCCCAGCGGGCAGAUGGACAUCGUGGCGCUGGCCGAACUCGAGCAGAACUCGGAGGCCACAGCCGGCGGUGGCGGCGGCUGCGGCAGGGCCAAGUCGAGGCCCGGCUCUCCGGUCCUCCCCCCAGGCGCCCCGCAGGCCCCGGGCGCUGGCCCCCUGCAGCUCUCGCCUGCCUCUCCGCUCACGGACCAGCCGGCCAGCAGCCAGGACUGCUCGGAGGACGAGGAAGACGAAGAGAUCGACGUGGACGAUUGAGCGGCGCCCCGGGUCUUCCGCCGCCCUGGGCUCCUAGCGCUCGAAAGCCCAACGCCUCCCGGACCGGACCGCCGAGGGGAGCUGGGACCUCCUCUGCCAACUCCCGCCUCCUCCCCUGUCCCCGGCCCCGGACUCGGCUCCUGGCAGCCGCCUCUUCCCUCUCGAAGCAAUAAACCCAGGCUGGCCGGCCGGGCCGGCCGCCACCAGCGGCCUCCGCCGCCCCGGAAGCCCUCGCCGUGCAAUUCUGUAUGGCUUCUAUAUAAAUAUUUAAACCUAUAUAGCGGGUUCUUCCCACCGCA